AUGGCUUCCUUUACCACCAUUUCAGAGACUGCAGUCUCCCCGAAACCACCUCCAAAGAGAACCACAUCAUCUCUGCUGCCAGCUUUUGAGCCCUUCUCCUCUUCACCAGCUCUCCCAAGACCUCUCAAGAGAAAUCGAGAUGCAUUUGACGAGCACACAACAUAUCCCACUCCAGUGCCCACCUCUUCUACAGCAAUACUAACUUCUUCACCCUCACGCGUCUCAAAGUCGAAACCAACCCUCCGGACCAAUUCGUCCACUCUUUCUGAGCGUACCCCGUUAGGAUCUCUCCCUUCCAUUCAACUUGAUGUCGAUGGAAAGGUCACGCGUAUGGGGAGGUCCAGUGCUUCUUGCGACUAUCAAUUGUCUGCCAAUCGGUUGAUAUCCAGAGUUCAUGUCGAGGCAUGCUACAAGUCUCCUGGUUCGCGUCUGGGCCGAGAGCUGGUCGAGAUAACCUGCACAGGAUGGAAUGGUGUCAAGAUACAUUGCAAGGGCCAGGCGUAUGAAUUGAAAAAGGGCGAGACAUUUCAAACCGAUGUUCGAGAUGCCGAGAUCAUUCUUGAUGUGCAUGAUAGUCGAGUGGUGGUGGAAUGGCCACCAAAACCUCGAUUAGGUGCCAUUUCUUCCGACGAGGACGAAGACUUGUCUCCCACCAAGCGACAGCGUCUCAUGAUGCGUCAUUCUACACCUCCCAGCCCAAGUCCUUUGCAGUCUAGAAGACGUCCAGCUUCUCCAAUAUCCCCUUCACCUGCUGUCCAAGCAUUGCUGCCUUCUUCGCCUCCAUUACCACCAACACGAUCCCACGUGGAGACCGUGGAGAUAUAUGAAGAUCCCGAACCCGCACAGGAAGGACUAAGGUCUCCCGUAUCCGUCAAGGUGUCUCAGACGACUACACAAGCUCUGUCCCAACCUUCUCAGAUUCCGGCGAUUUCACUGAACUCUCUCUCCAGCACCACCGAAGACUUUUCCGAUAAUGACGAGGAGAAUGACCCCAUCAUUCAUUCUUUCGGACCAUUUGGUGCAAAUCUUCUACCUCGGCUGGCAUCGUUCACUGCUGGAGACUCUCCGAAUCUCAGUCAUACUAAUUCUGUGAAAAGUUCACGAUCGUCUCAUACCGAACCUUUACAUCCACAACAAGCACCUGCUAACAGCCAGAUUUCUACCACCGAUUUUGAUAUUCAAGGCCACAUCAUUAAUCAGCUUGCAUUUUCUCGAUUGUCCUCUACUCCAUUGUCGACGAUUUUAAGCCAUCUCCCACAGGAAGCGGGUGUUCUGUCACUUAAUGACGUUCGAAAAGUGGUUUCUGCGACCCCGUGCAUUGGUGAAGUCCGUAGAGAAGGCAAAGAUGCAGCAGGCAAAGCGCUUGAGAGUGAAUUCUACUACCUGCCAGAUCUGGACGAAGAUGACAAGCGAAAGGAGGCUGUGGUGAUGGAUUUGAGAAAGCCCGGAUUGAGGGCAUGCCGUAAGCAGCAUAAGCAAUACUACUGGCGGAAACCAAAAUAG